CCAGUUCUACAGAUCUUUACUGCCGCAUCAAAGUUUUUAACAACCCACAAAAAGAAGAUAAAAGAGAAGAUGCCUCGAUCAGAGCAAACCAGAAAAACUCUCUCCGAUCACAGGAAAAGUCUCCAGGAUCUAAAAAAGUCCUAUGAAGCAAAUGAAGAGGCUGAGAAACAACAGUUAUGGGAGAUUAUCAAGGAUGAAUUGCAGGAGAUCCUCAAGAAGUACUCCUUAGACUUCUCAAAAGAACAAAUGAAGAUCUUCAACGACCCCAUCCAUGGACACAUGGAGCUGCACCCGCUGCUGGUGAAGAUCACAGAUACUCCUCAGUUUCAGAGACUGAGACACAUCAAACAGCUGGGAGGAACAUAUCUGGUGUAUCCGGGCGCUUCCCACAAUCGCUUUGAACACUCACUUGGUGUGGCGUAUUUAGCAGGUUGCCUGGUGAAGGCUCUUUGUGACAAUCAGCUGGAGCUCAAAAUCACCGACGAGGAUAUCCUGUGUGUUCAGAUCGCUUGGUCUGUGUCAUGACUUGGGUCAUGGUCCAUUUUCUCAUGUAUUUGAUUGUCUGGUUAUUCCUGAAGCCAAAAAAAUAAAACAUAGAAGAGGUCUGCCUGAUGACAUCCCUGAAAAGUGGAAGGUGAGC